AUGCCAUUAGCCACGUCAGGCCUGCCAUUAGCCAUGUCAGGCACAGUCUCAACACCUGAAGAUUCAUCUGAGGUGGACCAGAGCAAGACAAAAGAGAAUACGCAGUGGUCAGGAUGGGUGCACCUAUUCUCGCAUUUGUCAAGAAAGGUCACCUUUCACAUGCACCGAGUCCUCCUCCACAUCAGCCACUCACUGCCUGCCACGUCACACGCUGCCGCCACGUCACACACUGCCGCCACGUCACACACUGUUGCCACGUCACAUACUGAUGCGCCUGCCACGUCAGCUCCCGAAGCUGCAACCACCACUGCCGCUGUCACGAGUUUGGUGACUCCGCGUCUGCUCUCCCUCAUGCCAUUCUCAACAGCUUCCUCAUCCUCGCUGUUUGCUGGCUCCGAUUCUGCUCUCCCUUAUCCCAUUCUCAACCGCUUCCUCAUCCUCGCUU